AUGGAAGGCGCGCAACUAAUCGUGGGGGAGCUCCGAAGCAUCUUCAACACUGUAUGUGUCCUCUACGUUGCCACCGAAUGGGCGGAUCCCCUCUUGAAUCCGGUGUUUAGCAAUGGUUCGAGUUCCGUGAACGCAUGGGCUCCGGCUCCGGCAACCUCAAUGGCAACUGAGUGGGAGACGACUUCACGCCUGCAACGCCUCUUUCCGCGCGUCCAUCGGGUGCUUGAAGAGUUUCCAAUCUCUUUCCGCGCGUCCAUCGGGUGCUUGAAGAGUUUCCAACUACAACCUGCAAAGAAAGGCAGCAUUUUGCUAUCAUGGGGUUUCGAACCCGGGAUCUCCGGGUUGGAUGCCUAG